CUCCAGGUGGCCUCUCUGUCACAUGCUUGUACCCAUCACUGCGGACAUGGAGGAAAUGCCUCUCCAAGGCCCUCUCACUGGGUGGGCUGGACCCCGGAGUGUACGGCUACCAUGGACCGCAGUUGCUGACCUUGACUCUUCACCUUCAUUUCUACCUCGAUCCCCGUUCCCUUGGCCGUAUUCUUUUCCCGGUACGCUCCCUCUGCAUUCAUCCAAGUUUUACGCCGAUACCUAGCCCUGGGUACUUAACUGUCGAUUUGGUCCCUAUAGGGACAUAUACGAUUCCUUUGUCCGCUCGUGAACAUGAUAGACCAUGUACUUGGGAGGCCUUCGGUGCAGUUUCGAAAGACCCAGGUGCUGGCAGUAGUAUCAUUCUGGUCCUUCUACCUAUCCCGUGGACACCGUCACGGCCCUCCCUAUAUCCGCCGCAUAUCCGCGCUUCUCUCCGACAGGCUCACAACAUGGCAAACCGUUGUCAUUACUCUACUGUACUUUUACAUCGCACGCAACUUUGGCAAGCUUGUGGGACUCGAAUGCCCUGAGCCUCUGGCGAACCUAUACUCCCGAUCGUAUUUCCGCGCAACAUGGGUAACGACGGCGUUGGAUGCCGGCUUUUGGUCCGCAAUGAGGAUCCGGAGGAAAGGUCUCCGCGACUUUCUUUCCAUCGUCUUCAGUGUAUACUACUUGAUAUGCGCCGAGCAAGCCGACGAGAAGGUCAGGAAGAUCAGGGCGACGUUGACCGUGGACCACCUACGCGUUAGCUGGAACAAAGGCACAACACCGUAUCUAGCGGCUCUCGCGAGCUUGAUGCGGCCCCGCCUCAUGUGGUAUCCCCCGCGGAAGCUCCGGAUACCCAGGCCCCGGGAGAGCUCCUAUACAGAGCCUGUGACUGCGUGGCUGUAUUUCAAUGGACCGCUCUCGGAGCUCAAAGGUCAUGAUAAGAUCGUGUUGGAUGUCCCUGGUGGGGGGUUCGUUGCCAUGGAUCCGAGAAAUCACGAUGACAAGCUAAUGGGCUGGGCGGGGAAAUACGGGCUUCCAGUUCUCAGCCUGGAUUACAAGAAAGCGCCCGAAUAUCCAUAUCCUUAUGCGCUCAACGAGUGCUACGACGUCUACCACACCCUUAUUGCGAGUCGGGGCAGAUGUAUGGGCCUGUCUGGCGAGUACGAACCCAAGAUUGUGGUCUCCGGAGACUCGGCCGGUGGUAACCUUGCCGUUGGCAUGGUUUUGAUGAUCCUCCAGACCGGAUCAACGGAGACGAGGAGGUGGCAAGGCGAGCAGGAACUCCCGCCUCCCGUUGGCGUUGUUCUCAUCUAUCCAGCGCUGGAUAUGAACAUAGGCAACUGGAUGACGGACGAGCAGAUGGCUCUGAUUAGGGAGCCCAGAGUCCGCAAGACGAAUCGCCGGAUUUUGCGCCACAAAAGCAACGAAUACCGCCAGUUGGCACCAAACACUCCUGGCGCCUCCUCCGACGAGGAGAGCGACGACGGGCACGACGACACCUCGAAAGAUCCCGGUUCCGCUGCCGUUCUGACAUCUCCUCCAACCAUGAUCCAUAUCUCUGCUGCCCACACCGGCGUGGAUACCGUAACCAUCAACCAAGUAGCUACCAGCGCCAAAUUGCGUGCACAAAACGAUGCUCCCAAUGGCGGGGCAUCGCCAUUCUCAGAUUCUGCGAAGACGUCUGAUAAAUCCCAGGUUGCGGCAGCCGUAGCACCAGCACCACCUGCGACUACCAUCAAGACGCGCCUUGCCAUGUCCAGUAUGAUAUCCUACUUCAAUGAUCGCAUACUCACGCCUGAGAUGAUGCGCGCUAUGAUUAUCCUCUACAUUGGUCCGCAUAACCGUCCAGACUUCAGCACCGACUUCCUCCUAUCGCCUCUUCUGGCACCCGAAGCACUGCUUGCUAGGUUUCCGCGCACUUGGAUGCUUACCGGAGAGCGAGAUCCUCUUGUUGACGACACAGUCAUCUUCGCAGGCCGGCUCCGACAAGCAAAGAGAGCACAGUGGGUGACAGCGAGGGAGCUCGGUCUCGACUGGGCAAGAGGAGAGUUCCGCGAUGAAGACUGGGUCAACGUGGAUCUGAUCCCUGGGAUCAGCCAUGGGUUUCUGCAGUUUGUUGGCGUGUUCCCCGAGGGAUGGAAGUACAUUCUGCGCUGCGGCAAGUGGAUGACCGAGGCAUUCGCUUGGGCAGAGCGGCAAGAGGAACUUUACGCGACCAAUGAAGCAGAGACACCAGCCGUGUACUACGGAGCCGGACGUCGACGAGGCCGUGAACGAAGUGACUACUUUGGCCCGGGAGCCACUGCUGGGUUGGCAGAAGCCGUGGAUGGACUGAGCGGUGGGCGGCAUCAUCAUCGCAGUGGGACUGCAUCGUCUGCGGAGGAGGACCGACCUCUCGAGAUGUCAGUGCUGAAGCCGUCGAGUGCUGCAAAAGGGCAGGGCAAGGAGAGUCCGGCCCGUGCCAAUGGAUCUCUGCCUGCAAAUGGUAGCAGCAUACGGCAGCCCAGAGAGAAGGGACAUGUCAACGGGCGAGGUCGGCCACGAACGAGGACGAGGGUGAAGAAAGAGGGACGGAGGAAGAGUCUGGUGAGCCUGGCCAGUGACGAUGAUCUCCUGAGUAGGAGAAUGAAGGGUCUGGCGGGGGGACUCCUCGGCGAGGGGGUGAUGACAGAGGACGACAACUGAGGCUUGACUGAUGGGUGUAUCAGGGGGAUUCGUAUCCUCUGGACACCUGGACAGGAUUACGCUGGGGCUACCUUGUACUGUACAUACAUACGAAGGCCUCCUGGCCACGAGACAUACGAAGCGAAGCACAUUUCAGGAAUUCCAUCACAGUAAC